UAACCUCGUUCUCAUAUUUCUCUAAAAGUUUCAAAUUUGGUAUACAAUAAGACAUCUUAGUAUCUUCAUUGUUUUUUCUCCAUCAAUAUUAUGAAUGCCAUGAAAAGAAACAGAGAAGAGGAUAGGCAAGUGGAAGCACAAGCCAUGGCUAAUUGCGCUUUAAUGCUUUUGUCUCGCUUAAAUGAUAUUGCUUCAUCAAAUAAUCACAAUGAGUUCGAAUGCAAGACUUGCAAUAAACGUUUUCCAUCUUUCCAAGCUCUUGGCGGCCACCGUGCAAGUCAUAAACGGCCAAGAUUACUUAUCGGAGCCGGAGAUUUUCUUGUUCAAUCCAAAAAGAAUAAAAUGCAUGAGUGUUCUAUUUGUGGUAUGGAGUUCUCUUUGGGUCAAGCAUUAGGCGGCCACAUGAGGCGUCACCGUGAUGAAAUUAAUAAAACGUCGACGGCAGCCGGAAAGACGAUUAUUCCGGUCGCCGGAAAGACGAUGAUUCCGGUAUUGAAGAAGUCAAAUAGCAGCAAAAGAAUUUUCUGCGUCUUGGACUUGAACUUAACCCCUGAUGUAGAUGUUGAAUUGAAGUUAUGGCCGACGGCACCAGUUUUAUCUCCUGUUUUGCGAAUCUUUAUUUAGGAUUAGCAGAAGUUGAUUUGCUAAUCUUUUCGCGUUCUUCCCUCGUAUAUUUACAACAACAAGAGACCCCGAUAGGGUCUGGGAUAGUAGUUUGUACGCACACCUUACUCUUGUAUAUUUUCAUAAUUCAAUUGAUUCUUUCACACAACAUGGUAUCAAAGCAUACAUUUAUUUA